AUGGGCGCUCCGACCAGUGCUUUAUUCGGAAUCUUUCUGAUACUUUUCCACUGUCUCACUCUAUGCGGCGCCCUAGAACAGUCAGGUGCACAGCAUAUGGGCCAACUACCGGGUGUUUUCGGGCCGUCUAAGGCAAACAUUGCAUUGAAGCUGCAGCCCGCAAGGAAAUUACGGUUAUCGAAGAGCGACCUCAGUAGCCUACUGCUUGAUUUGCGGCACGAAGUCAAGAAACAGGUGGCUCAACUCGAAGAGGAGCUGGCGGAGCGAGCACGCCUGCGGCAGCGGGCGAAGUCAACGUGGUCAGCGCACGGCGCCCCGAUUUGGAUUCCUUCCGAAGGAGCUACAAGUGCAUCACAACCACCGAGCCCUAGAAUGGUACGAGUUAGAAGGAUUACUUGCCACUCUAGCAUCAGAUGUGGAUGGCGGGGCUACUGCUUGACUACAUCUGGUUGUGGGUGCAAGAGGGCUAUUUCUACUUCAACUGUUACUCCUGCGCUCUCACCGAAACGGGCAGCCAUCAGAAUCAGCAUGAAGCAAAGGACAGUACUAUCGUUCGGAUACCAGCACAGCUUGUUGUUUUACGGCAACUCCAGUCUGAAAAUCCCUUUCACCUGUUCCCGUCCCUUCAGACUUCAUGUUAGCUGUCAACUGUCCCUUUCACUUGUUCCCGUCCCUUCAGAUUUCAUGUUAGAUGUCAACUGUCGUGCCUCCUAUCUGUCGGUAUCCUUAAGUGACAUGACACGGGAGUACCAAUUGGGAGGUCGUGUACACCGUUAUGCAAUGUAA